GACUUGGUAGUAAGUUCUCUUGUCCAUUUUUUAACUGGCGCUUAGAUCUUUGUUUUACAACAAUGAACAGAUCUAUCAUAUAGAGCUUCACAUUACAAGCAAGCAACAAGUUAACACUCUUCCUGUUUUGGUGUUUUGCACUGAGUGUAUACAAAAUGAGACCAUGGGAUGUUCUCUCUUCUUUCAUUCUUCUUGUCACAUUCCUUCUUACUUCCGUCAACUGUGAAGACCCAUAUAGGUUCAUCACUUGGAAGGUCACUUAUGGUGACAUCUACCCUCUUGGUGUUAAGCAACAGGGGAUCUUGAUUAAUGGGCAGUUCCCGGGUCCUCAAAUAGACGCCGUUACAAAUGACAACUUGAUUAUCAGUGUUUACAACUACCUUAGAGAACCAUUCCUCAUUUCAUGGAAUGGCAUACAGCAUAGGGGUAACUCAUGGCAAGAUGGAGUCUUUGGCACGAGCUGUCCAAUCCCACCGGGGAAGAACUUCACUUAUGCUCUCCGGGUGAAAGACCAGAUUGGUAGCUUUUUCUACUUCCCAUCUCUUGGAAUGCAUAAAGCUGCUGGAGGAUUUGGUGGCAUCAGAAUUUGGAGCCGCCCUCUCAUUCCUGUCCCUUUCCCUCCUCCUGCAGGGGACUUUACCAUACUGGCCGGAGAUUGGUUCAAGAUAGACCACCAUAGACUAAGACGAGUACUAGAGAAUGGUCAUAAUCUCCCCUUCCCUGAUGGGCUUCUUAUCAAUGGACGGGGUUGGAAUGGAAACACAUUCACUGUUGAUCAAGGUAAGACUUAUAGAUUCAGGAUAUCAAAUGUGGGGCUCACAACAUCCAUCAACUUCAGGAUCCAAGGGCACAACUUGAAACUUGUGGAGGUAGAAGGAUCUCAUACCCUCCAAAACAGCUAUUCAAACCUUGACAUCCAUCUGGGACAGUCCUAUUCUGUGCUGGUCACAGCUGAUCAGCCUGUCAAGGAUUACUAUGUAGUUGUCUCGACAAGGUUUACCAGACAGAUACUCACAACAACUGCCGUUCUUCAUUACAGCAAUUCACGCACGGGGGUUUCUGGUCCUGUUCCUCCAGGGCCUACCCUUGGUAUCACUUCGUCUAUAUAUCAGGCCAGAACUAUCCGCUGGAACCUGACAGCAAGUGGACCAAGACCAAACCCUCAGGGAUCUUACCACUAUGGAUUGAUCAAUCCCACUCGAACCAUCAUGCUUGCAAACUCUGCACCUUAUAUCAAUGGCAAGCAGAGGUAUGCUGUCAACAGUGUCUCAUAUUUAGCACCAGAUACCCCAUUGAAACUUGCUGACUACUUCAACAUCCCUGGAGUUUUCUAUGUUGGAAGCAUUCCUACCAACCCCACCGGAGGCAAUGGCUACCUCCAAACUUCUGUCAUGGGGGCUAAUUUCCAUGAAUUUGUCGAGAUUGUGUUCCAAAAUUGGGAGGAUUCUGUGCAGUCAUGGCAUAUUGACGGCUAUUCCUUCUUCGUUGUAGGGUUCGGUAGCGGGCAGUGGACAACUGAAAGUAGAGCACGCUACAAUCUUAGAGACACUAUUGCUAGAUGCACCACUCAGGUUUACCCGAAAUCAUGGACUGCAAUAUACAUGGCUUUGGACAAUGUGGGAAUGUGGAACAUAAGGUCUGAGAACUGGGCAAGGCAGUACUUGGGACAGCAAUUUUAUCUGAGGGUAUAUACAUCUUCCAAGUCAUGGAGAGACGAAAAUCCUGUCCCAAAGAAUGCUCUUCUAUGUGGCAGGGCAAGUGGUCGUCGCACAAGGCCUUUCUAA